GCCCCUCCCCGCCCAGUGCCGAUGAGUGCCAGGGCGCCCAAGGAGCUGAGGCUGGCGCUGCCGCCGUGUCUCCUCAACCGGACCUUUGCCUCCCCCAACGCCAGCGGCGGCGGCAACGCGAGCGCCCGUGGCCCGGGUGCAGGCGGCAGCGGCGGCGGCACCUGCAUCACGCAGGUGGGACAGCAGCUCUUCCAGUCCUUCUCGUCCACGCUGGUGCUGAUUGUCCUGGUCACCCUCAUCUUCUGCCUCAUCGUGCUGUCCCUCUCCACCUUCCACAUCCACAAGCGGAGGAUGAAGAAGCGGAAGAUGCAGAGGGCUCAGGAGGAGUACGAGCGGGAUCACUGCAGCAGCAACCGCGGCGGCCGGGGGCUGCCCCCAGCGGCGAGCGGCCAGGCCCCAGCCCCUGCCAAAGAAACCCGACUGGAGAGGCAGCCCCGGGACUUCGCCUUCUGCGCCCCCUCCGACGCCUCCUCUUCGUCUUCGGCCCCCGGCCUCCCGUGCCAGGGUCCCCGCGCUCCUCCUCCUCCUCCACCACCGGCCCCCAGUCCGCAAGGAGCACACGCGGCCUCCUCCUGUUUGGACACAGCUGGCGAGGGCCUUUUGCAAACGGUGGUACUGUCCUGAUUGUUGAGCCCCUCUCUCCUCUCCUCUCCCUCAUGUCCAGCAUCUUGGCCUUCCUUGCUUUUAUCCCCCUCCGUCCUUCCCCUCCCACUUUUCUCUGGCUUCUCUUCCCUCUUCCUUCUUUCCGUAUCUGCCCUCCCCUCACUCUGUUUCUCCUCCGCCGAGGCACUGUGCGGUAUUUGUAAAUAUUGGGCAAGGAAAGUCUCGG